UACAAAUUCUUCAAGAAUGGAUACUGACAAAUUAUCUCGACCCUUGAGAAAAACAGUUCACCGAAAAAUACUAGAUAACACCGCCAUAAACAUGCCUCGCGUUGUCAGAAUACAGUUCACCGAUUGCGAUGCCACCGACUCCUCCGGCGACGACGACGACGAUGGCCGCCUCGUGUCGCCCGUUUUCCGGCCUCCCCGAAUCAAGAAGCUGCUUAGCGAGAUCGUUAUUGAAAAGAAAAAAUAUUCAUGCCCCCGCAAGGCUACUUUCGUCGACGAGGUCAAGAAUGCCGUGAAGGACGACCUGAUGAAGACCAAAGCGACGCCGAAGAAGAAAAAGAGGCCGCUCUCCAAUUUUAUUAAUCCCAACUGCUGUACUGGUAGUAAUAGCACUGCCGGUGAAGCUGUGGGAAAUGUUAAAAAGUACCGCGGCGUGCGGCAGCGGCCGUGGGGGAAAUGGGCCGCGGAGAUUCGGGACCCGGCGAGGAAGGCUAGAAUUUGGUUGGGGACAUAUGAUACUGCUGAGGAAGCUGCUAUGGUUUACGAUAGAGCCGCGAUUCAAAUACGCGGGCCCGAUGCUUUGACGAAUUUUAUAAAGCCGCCGGAGCCGGAGAGACCGGAUUAUACUACUACUGAGGAGGAAUUAGCGGAGGUGCAUGCCACGUCGGUUUCCGGAUAUGAUUCUGGGAAGGAGUCGGAGAACAACAACCUCUGCUCUCCGACCUCUGUUCUGAGGUUUAAGGACAAGCACCAACCGCCGCAACAGAAUGAUCAGUUCAAAGAAAGCAGCUCUACGACAAGAAGAAUUACUGCUGCUAGUGCUAGUGCUAGUGCUACCAAGUGGGCAGGUGACUGGAGACCGGUUGAGCCGGUGGGUGCGGAAAGCGAGGGGAUUAGUAACUCUCUGGAUGAUGAUGAUUCUUUGUUAUUAGAUCAGUGUUUACUGAAUGAGUUUUUCAACUUGAAGUCUCCGUCACCGUUGAUCUACAACGAAAUUAUCGGGCACGAUGACGGUGUUUUGGAAUUGGAAGAAGGGAACUUUGAUGAUAUGCCUCUGGAUUUUGGUUUCGGGGAUGAUUUUGGGACUUCUUGCGGUGCAUGGGACGUGAAUGAUUUCUUGGAAGAUCAUCAAUUGUUAUUAGUGUGAUUUAAAGCUGGAAUUGAUUUUCCAAGGGAAUAUUCCCUCCUAUAUGAUCCUCAAUCUUGGAUAACUUUAGAAAUUUGGUAAAAUCCCAUGCUAAUGAUCUGGUUGGUCUAGCUAGUGCUACUUUUUAGUAGCAGUGCGUGCGUCUUUUUUAGGUGUGUAAAUUAAAUUCAAGGUGAUGUUGAGUAGCAUAUAUAGCUUAGGAUGAUGUCUCCAAAGUUUUGGGUAAUUUAAAUGUGGAGAUGGGGUUGGACGAACCAUAUUUGGUACCUCAAUAAAUAAAUUAUUGUCACCGUA